AUGGCUGCUCAGCAGGCCAAGGGGCUGCAAGGCUCAGCCUCCAUUCACUCCCCUGAGAAGCCCCCUGGAGGGCAUGAGGCUCCCCAGAGCAGUGCUGAGGGGCCAGUUCUGAAGAGGAAGAAAAGCAAGAGGGUGAAGGGGAGCCAGGAGGGGUCCCUGGCAGACAUGGGCAGCUCUGAGGGGCAGAGGGCCCUGCAGCUUGUGGAGGCCCCAGGGACCAGCAAGAAGCCCUCGGAGACCGAUGGGCAGGGGGUGCCAGGCCCUGCAGCCUCAGGCUCAGAGUCUCAGCGUCUUCAGCGCCCCCGGCCUGCCCUCCUCCAGGAUGCUGCCCAAGAGACCUACGGGCCCCUGCUCCAGCGCAUUUUUGGGAAGGACCGAGAGCUGGGCCCACAGGAGCUGGAAGAGCUGCAGGCGGCCUUCCAGGAGUGUGACCGGGACGGGGAUGGUUACAUCGGCCACCGGGAGCUGGGCGCCUGCAUGCGGACGCUAGGCUACAUGCCCACCGAGAUGGAGCUCCUGGAGGUGGCCCAGCAUGUCAAGAUGCGGAUGGGGGGCCGCGUGGAUUUGGAGGAGUUUGUGGAGCUGAUAAGCCCGAAGCUGAGAGAGGAGACAGCACACAUGCUGGGGGUACCGGAGCUACGGAAAGCCUUCCAAGAGUUUGACAGGGACAGGGAUGGUCGCAUCACGGUGGCCGAGCUGAGGCAGGCAGUGCCCGCUCUCCUGGGUGAGCCCUUGGCGGGGCCUGAGUUGGAUGAGAUGCUACGAGAGGUGGAUCUCAACGGCGAUGGCACAGUGGACUUCGAUGAGUUUGUGAUGAUGCUUCUCAGCCCCUGA